AUGAGCUUAUCUCCUCACAUGGAAAACUCUUCAAUUUCCAAGGGAAGCACUCCUAUACCGAAGAAUAGGAAUGUUUGUUCUUUGGGUAAGAGCGAGCUUCUUGGAUCUUCAUCAAGCAAUAAUUCUUCAUUCCGAGUGAAUCAUUAUUCGAAUAGCGGACAAACAUCGGGAUUAGAGUCUAUGCGAAGGCCUAAUCUGACUCCCACUUUUUCUUACAAUAACGGGAUCUAUAUGCCUGAAAGCCACAGAACUAGUUCAUUCAACGAUAACUAUCUGCCCUAUGAUAAGAGUCCCUUUGUAAAGAAAACCAGGAACAUAAGUAACAAGUUAAACAUGAAAAGUAAAACAAAAAAAAAUGCCGAUAGUCUCACGAAUACAAGGAAGUCAUCUGGACUCAUUUACACCACUAAAAUGAAUAAGGAAUUAUCCAGUAUAGACAAAGUGAAUGAUCCCAACAUUAAUGGACUCGUCUGCGCAGGAAAGACCCAUUUGGGGUUCUAUAAAUUUUCGCCCUCAGAUAGAUCCAUCAAGUGUGUCCAUGACUUUAUAACACCUAAUAACAACACCUCAACAAAGGUUGCAACAUCCCUUUUACCCAAACUAAGUAAAAGAACAAGACAGAACAAAUUCAGUACGAUUGCAGACGUCAAGACAGGUUUCAACAAUUAUAAAAACUGUAUUGCAGUGUGUAACAAUUCAACGGCAAUAUCUAUAUAUGAUCUCAACAAGAGUUCCUCAAUAGAAAAUCCAUUGAUAACUUCCCUAUGCGAACAUACUAGAUCAAUCAAUAGUUUUGACUUCAAUAUGGUUGAGUCAAAUUUAAUCAUUAGUGGUGGUCAAGAUAGUUGCGUCAAAAUAUGGGAUCUCCGUUCCAAUACUUCCAAAAGUUCAAAUAGAGCUGAUAUUAAUAUAAACACAGCAUCAGACUCAAUCAGAGACGUGAAAUGGAUGCCUGGCUACAAUUUUGCCUCCAAAAAUGAGCAGGGCUCAUCAACAUACGGCAAUUCCAAAAGCGGUUACAAGUUCGCCUCAAUACAUGAUUCAGGAUAUUUAUUAAAAUUUGAUCUUCGGCAACCUGCUCAAUACGAGAAAAAAUUGAAUGCUCAUACCGGACCUGGACUUUGCCUGAGCUGGCAUCCUCAUCAAGAGUACAUUGCGACAGGAGGUAGGGAUGGAAAAUGCUCCCUUUGGUAUGUUGGUGAAAACGUCAACGCUAGUGAUAAUACAGUACUUAAUUACGGAAAUGCUCCUUCGUUGCAUACACCUAGCACGUCCAUAAAUAAUAGUAAUUCACUGGCGUUUCCAAAACUCACGAUUAACACGGGUUAUCCCGUUACUAAAUUGAAAUUCAGACCUGCUUAUAACAAUAACAUUUUUAACUCCUUACUGGGAAUGUCGUCGAUGGGUGAUGAAGCAGAAGUUCGCAUCUAUUCUCUAGCAAGAAAGUAUAUCCCAAAACACAUCCUUCUGUCAGAAGCACCUUCGCUAGGAUUAGUGUGGUGGGAUGAGAACUUGAUCUUCAAUAUUGAUAAGGGGACCCGCGUUAAUGGUUGGGAUAUUAACAAAGAGCCAACAGUGCUAGAAAAUUUGAACAAAAACACAACAACUUGGAGAGAUUUAGAUGGGAACGGUUUACUUUCGGUGGACCAAGAAAUAGGCUCAUACGAGUUGUCAGAGCCGGAGACUACAUCAAUUUCAACUAAUAUAGGGAAGAAGCAUCAUGGCACGAUUAAAAAUACGAAGAAUGGCAACCCGGAGAAUCAAGGCAUCAUUGGAGGACUAAAGAAAGGAUUUAGCCACACUGGAUUGACGGGGUUUGCACCAGAAAGGCCACCUACUUUAAAAACAGGUUCAACGUUUAGCACCAAAAGUCUCACAAUAGCUUCUGGGACCUCUUCUUUCAACAGUUCUUCCGCAUCGUUGACAUCGUUGACACCACAAGCCGAAAAUAAAGAAGAAAAUGCCAUCGAACCGCCCUAUAUCAUUACUUUGGAUAUACCGCAGAUUUUCAAUAAUAUAAGAUUAACCAAAAUUGCACGUCUGAGAAAAAAUGACACAGUAUCUGAAAAGUUCUGCAUUAGGGAUUCACCAGUGAAAAAGUUCAAAUUUUUGGCUCGACAACUCAAAUUUUCAUUCAUUCAAGAGCAAAAUGGUGCGGAUGAUGCUAGUACUGUAUAUGAAAAGGGCGAGCAAAACAUUAAUGACGCAAAAGAAAAUAUGACUAAAGGGGUUGAUAAUGAUGGUGAUAAUGAUGAUAACGAUGACGACAAAAUAGUUGAAAGUCAUCUGAAAAAGUAUAAUUUUCCAGAAAAUAAUACGUGGGCCACUUUAAUGAAUGAAAAAGGCAACAGCAAACAAUCCAAGAGAAGCUCAAAGGGUUCUAAGGUAGUUGAUGAGAAGGAUGGCAGAUCGAGUAUAUCCUCUGUAUCUACUAAUAAGCAAAAUCCUGAUAAAACUAGAAAGGUCGACAAGAACCUAGAGGCCGAAAUGCAGGAUAAAAUGCGAACACUAAUUGACCUGGUAUCUAUUGCAACACAUAACGCAUCUGUUUAUUUGUCCAUAGAUGAUCUGACCAAUUUCAAAAUUUGGAUCUUGAUAAGAGAUUCAUUACUUUGGGACUUGAAAUGGAUGACUUCCUCCCCAGUUUCAUCCGAUACGGCAUCUAACAUGGAUGCAAAUGAAAGCUCUGACUUCGAAGCUGCAGAAAAUUUGGGAGCAGGAAAGGAGUUCUCAGAGGAAGGCGAAGAAGGGACAAGCGGGGCUGAAUCAUUGAUAGAAGAAAGACCACAAGCAUUUCGAGCAAGCUCUGGCGAGCCAAGUGAAACUGAUAAAAAACCUAUCUCCAAACUCAAAGAACAGUUAAAGGACACCGAAAGAAUCACAUAUACACAACCAAAUGAGGGAUCAGAUGAAGUAUUGAGCGAGUUGAAAGAGCUACAGAGUCAAUUUCUAGAGUCGAGGGCGAGAAUGGGUAUAAAUGAUGAUGUAAUUAUAGAGGAAGAUGAAAAUGGAAUUGAACAGCAACAAGAACAAGAACAGCCGCAUGACCCAUCAAUUAAACCAGCUCACACUCAAAUGUCUCCUACUGCCAAAAGCAUACCAAUAUUACAGAAGCGGGAACAUCGUAAGUCGUUUAUAGAUACGUUUAUGUUACAUUCGCCCAAUGGUUACAAUGCAGACACAGACAUGGGGGACGAAGGGGAUAACAUAUCCCCUAGAUUCGUUUAUAAUAGCGUGAGUCCACGUAGUAGAGUAUCGUCGUUGCAAAGCUAUGCCACAACAACCUCCCAACUAGGAGCUUUAAAAAAACUGUCUUCUCAAACUGCACCAGUUGUCGGAUCGCCGGGACAUGUGUUGUCCCAACGAGAUAACAUUAGUGGAGAAGUACCCUCUUCCUCAUUGACAAAGAAGCUCGCCAAGUAUAGGCAAAUGGCUGAUGAUCCGCCCUGGGACACGAAAAAACUCAUUAAGCAACUUUACAAACAAGCUACAGAGACAGGGAACGUUGUACUGACAGUGAAUAUUCUAUUUCUUUUCCAAACAUUAUACCAAAUAACAGAAAUCAACAUUGCAAAGGACGCAAUUGCGCACUUCUUGUUACUGCUACAUCGGUAUGAAUUAUUCGGCAUUGCAGCAGACGUCUUGAAGUACUGCCCGUUCGAAGAUAUCAUGGGGUCUGAAGGCGACCAGUCCUCCAUUAGGCUGUUUUGCGAGCGCUGCGGUGAGUUGAUCACGAACGAAAACUCCAAGGAAAACUUCAGAACGGAAGCUCAGCAGACGGGAAAUAAGAAGGCAAUGGAGAAGUUUGGAUACUGGUACUGCGACUCCUGCAAAAAGAAGAACACGCCAUGUAUCCUGUGUGAAAGACCGUUGAAAAAACUGACCAUGGUCAUUCUUCCAUGUGGACACGAAGGUCACUUCCAGUGCAUACAAGAAUGGUUCCUCGACGAGAAGGAACAUGAGUGUCCCGGCGGUUGCCCCGGCGUUGCAUUCAUAUAA